AUGUAAAACAAGCCAUUAGACUGGAUUUGCAUUGGAUGCAAAAAUCUGAAUUACUCCUUUAGAAAAUACUGUAAUCGAUGCAAGACCUUCACAAGAGAUGCUCCAGGCACAAAAUUCAUCCCACUAGAACAACCUAAUAUUAUAGAUUCAUUGAAACUCUCAGAACCUGAUCUAACAGGCAGUGGACAUAGUACUACAGAUAGUGUUGGAAGUAAAGCUCAAGAACAAGCUGUCUUUCAUUAAGCUCUUUUCUUAGAGAAUUUAACAUAAAGUAAACAAGAAACGGUUAACAAGAACUUCAACUUUAUGAAAAUUUGUACACUUUGUCGAACUGACAACUAUUUUUAUCAAUCUAAAUGUAAGUAAUGUGGAUUUAGGAUUUGA